GUUUUGUUUUUGUUGUUGUUUUGACAAGAAUUCAACGUCGCAAAUCGUCCUGGCGCGUCGUCGCGCAGUUCAUCUUUAACAUCCUGCUGUGAUUACCGCUCCACGGACGCUACUUUUCUCAGCUCAAACGUCCUGUGAGCAAGCUAUCCAGCUAGCGGGACCCGAGUGCCUAUGGCGUCAUUGUGGCGGCGACCUACUCAUCAGGUACUGCGCGCGGCGCGCACUACAAGAGUUUGGUCCGCAAGUCUGUCGCAUCGAAGCUCAUAAAAUCAUUCCACCCUCCGUCUGGGACUCUCUCGAAGAAAACCUGAAAGCGUCGUCGGGCGACAUCAUUAAACGAGGCUCAGUUUCCGCAAACUUGUUCAAAUUGCUUGUGUAGGGCGACUUUCACUUUUCUCGGGUGACCACUAGCCGGUUCGUCAAGCAUCCUCCAGAGGAAGGAAGAAAAAGACGAAACCAUGGCUAGCGGCGGCAUCUCAAGAUCGGGUCGUGUUCGCAAGAAGUCGGCCAAGUUAAUGGAAAUGGAAGAUUGGGACGCGUUCGACCUGAACGACGCACCUUCGAAGGGCAAGAAGAGGCCGCGGUCUGACGAGCCGGAUCCGCUGGUCGAGCCGCCGGAGAAGAAAGUGGCUCCCAUCAAGAUCACCAAGGCUGCGGCGACCAAAGCGGCGCAAUCGGCGGCGAGCCCAGUCAAGGCGAGGGCCGUGGACGGGGUGAUACACCUGAAGAACUUGCAGAACAUCCAGGAGUCCGGCUACCUGAACGUUCCGACGGCCCCUAAAGCGGUGCCUGUGGCUCAGCACCAGCAGUUGUAUGGCUCCAGCAACGUCGCGGACGACUCAUCGAGUUCGUCGUCGGAGUCCAGUGAGACCAGUUCAGAGGAAGAUUCAGAUUCGGAUGAUUCGAUGGAGUAUGGUAGGCCACUUCCACACCUUCAGAUGCAGCAGCAGAAGGGCAAAAAGCCGACUUUCCAAAUGCUUCCCCAGGCCAAAGCCGUGGCGGCUGGUAACACCGACUUUGAGGCCAGCCAGCAAGCUAGACAGCGAGCCAUGCACCACUUGGAACCCAGGGCUGACAUGAUCAACGUCGAGGAAAGUGACGACGAUGAUGACGACGAUGACGACGACGAUGAUGACGAUGAUGAUGACGAUGACGACACGCGGGACUCCCACCUGGUGAUUGCGGAAGAGGAGCGGCGGCCACCGCCCAAGCGGGGCGGGACAGCACCAUCUGCGAGGGGAAAAGCGAGCACUACCUCCAGGGCCAAGGCUAGCCGCCCAGUCAAGAAGACCAACGAUGAUCCGGAGUACGAGGAGCCCGUUCCCAAGAAGGGCACCAAGAAACCUGCCCCACCUAAGGCACCAGCUGCAUCCAAGAAGGCACCUGCCAAAGAGAAAGCAAAGACGAGGCCCAUGACUGCAUACAUGUUGUGGUGCCAGGAAUACCGUCGCAGGAUCGUCAAUGACAACCCUGACCUGGAUUUUGUCUCUAUAAGCAAGAAGCUGGGAGAAGCCUGGAAGAUGCUACCAGAGAAAGAGAAAAUUGCAUGGCGCCGUAAGGCCAAAGUUCCGGCCACCAAAGGUUCAAUGCUGAUCAGCACCGGACGGCCUUCGAACACAGCCACGUCAACGCCUGCCACGACCACCGCUCCUUCCACAACCACCACGGCCGCCUCACAGGGACGGGCUUCAGGUGGAGCCACGAAAGCUGCCCCCUCGGGAGCUGCGACACCGGCCACGACUCUGGUUUCGGCUCAGGAAGAUGCCAGGGCCAUGGCCUCUACAGGAGAGGGCCCACGGUCACUUGGCAUUGGCCCAGUCGACGUAGCUGCUCAUCUGAAGCUCCUGGGCGAGUCACUGAGCACCAUCGGUCAACGACUGACUGAGCAUGAGGGCCAGAUAGCAGUGUCGGGGAGUCUCUCCGUCCUGCUUGACUCAACGCUCUGUGCCCUAGGCCCACUCCUCUGUCUGACGGCUGUCGGAAAGGAGAUGAACGGAUGUUCAAAGGAAACGCUCACCAGGAUUCUCAACAACAUCGCCUACGUCAUGCCUGGCCUCUGAAUCUGCUCUCUCUGGCCAACCCCAGAGGUGGCGGCAGACCAGAGAUGGCUGCUGCCUUCAUCCUUUGCAGCACUGUCCUCUUGCACAGCUCAAUAUAGAUGACAUGCGAAAACCGCAAGUGUGUUCUUCCAUACAUCACGUCUGACCUAACCAAGGUGGCUGAGCUCUCGCACUAGAAUUGUAAAUGAGCAGUCAAAGUGGUCGGCCUGUGCCACCAACCCUGCAGCCCUCCAUUUCUCGCAACAUCCGAGAUUUUUAAAGCACACUUUUCAUCUUCAACAGUGCUACUAGAAGAGAACCUAUUCGUCUUGCUUAGGGUAAGCUUAUGUGCAUGGAAAACCUGCUUAACAAAUUUCACGCAUCGUCUAUUUGGUGCCAAAAGGGGACUUGUCAGAACUUCAGGGUUGCUUUCUCCCGUUGCCCCAAGCAGAAAAUGAGGAAGCUAAGACAUUGGUUUUGCAUCAUGCAACAUCUGGAGUGUUGAGUUCCAGUUGUCGCAUUUUUCUAUGCAUGCCACAGUGGAGUGAGCACAGUAACAAAAUCAGCAUGUCUGACACAUUGCCUAACUCCCUGUUCACUAUUUGUGUGAACUAGCUCGUGCACUGUCAAGUUCGCCAUGAGGGGAGUUUGCAAAUCUUCAUUUUUGCCCUACCCGGUGCUCUUAUGCACCAGUUGCGUGCAUCUUGAAAAUCGGACAUCCUUUAUUCCCAUUACUACUGAACUACAGACUUGUAGAUGAUAACACAGAUGCAUCAAGCCAGUUAUUGUUGUUCUCCUCUAUGUGCUCAUGGCACUCUGUGACAUCAAAUAAAGUGGGGUAAAACUGAAUCGAAUUCGUGGCAGCCGACUCGUACUUAAUUUCGGAAAGCAGCAACUUUGGAUAUUGACUAAAUGUACAUAGCACCGUGUACUUGCCAUGCAAGUCAUCACUUCUUUCUCUUUUUUUCUUAAUAUUGAAGCACAUUUUUGAUGGCUGUUUCAGCAUUCAUCUUCGUCUCCUCAUUCAGAUAGCAUUAAAGGAGUACCGACCCAA